AUGACACCAUAUCAGGAACAAUGCAAAAUAAUGGAAUCCCUGUCUUCGUCCAUAUUCCUCCGAUUCACUAUAACAUUUCAACUUGCAUCUAGUCUUUUGGCUUUAACAAUGGUUAUUGUAGCGAGUUAUAGUUUAUGGACUGCGCAAGUUGCAAGAUUAUUCCACGUCAAUGUAAUAAUUAUAUUUCAAGUUCAUUGGUUCGGAUUUUUUUUGCAUUGCUCGAACAGAAUAGUGCUUCACACCAUUGACCUUCACAACUACCUGAUCCUUGACUACUGUGACAUGCCUGCAAGCACAACUCGAUGUUUUGUGCUCCGCGUUCAAUAUGUAUUUGGCCUAUGUUUAGUUGGAGCAACUACAAUUCCACUGGUAAUUGAAAGAUAUAUUGCAACAAUUAAAUCGUCAAAAUAUGAACAAACUGGGUGUGCGUUGGGGAUUUAUAUGGCUAUUAAGCAGUUUUCAAUUGCAACUAUGACAACUUAUUAUGCAUUCUUAAUAUUUCCAUUCAAGGAACCUUUUAUGCCCUACUGCACAGCUAUCAAGCAGGGAUUUGUUACUAACGUCGAAGUGAUUUUCCAUAUUAUCCUCCUUGCUCAAAUAGUUGGAAGAGUUAUUUUUCAGUACUUGUUUAACUUGAAUGAGAGGCUCCGGGCAAAACAAAUCACAUGUUCAUUGUCAAAUCGAUAUUCUUUGGAGCAAAACCUAAAGUCUAUGAGAACAUUGAAACUAUUUGCAAAUUUACAAACUGGAUUUCAAGUUAUCCAUAUUAUGUUUUUUCUAUUCUUAUUGAAAUUUGGCGCAGAACUUGAAUCUUCUACUUACUUGGCUCUACUUGAAUGGAGUGGCUCCUACCCCUUAUAUGCCAUUAUUUCAAUUGUGGCAUUGUUGAAGAAGGCUCAAGUAAACAAAGUUCGGCUGAAAAAGGAGCUGGAAGUCCAUAUGAGUGCAGACCAGAAUAAUUAUUUUGAGAAUUUUAAUAAGUCUUGGAAUUAA